AUGAGGCCACGCAUCACCAAACAGGGAACCCCCGUCAUACAGGGAAUACUCGCUGGCGAGCGUGUACUGCAUGGCUACCGAUUCACAAAGUUUUCCAAAACAAAGCGUCUUUUUAGGCCAAAUGUCUGCGAGGUUUCCUUUUUCUCUGAAAUCUUAAAUAGAAGCAUUACAUUUCCCGUUUCAGGAACUGCUCUCAAUAGAAUAGAAGCGCUGGGUGGCAUUGAUAAUUAUCUUCUUAAAAGUAAAAUUUCCGACAUCGCUCCAGACGCAAUAGCUUGCAAAUGGAGAAAUUUUAUCGCGGCCGUUCAAACGGGAGCCAUCAAAAUAGGUGGCGGCUCACAUGGCACCUACCUGACAUAG